AUGAAUGUUGAGGCGAGUACUACUGCCGGUGGUGAUGGGGCCAGAAAAGCCGUGCGGGAUAGCAUCUUGACUCUACGGAAACAAGGCAAAAGCAACACUUUCUCUGGGAUCGCUAUUGAUCCGGAAACUGGGAAUACAUCUCCGUGCGAUGAGCUGUGGAUUCCGUUCGAGAAGGUCUUUCGUAGGAGUCCGGAGGGCAAGGAGAAGGAUUUUGUUAUGGACCGGGAGCAGCUUUUGGAUGAGGCUGAGAAUCUCUGGGGGAGUAUUAAAACGUGA